AUGGCGGAAAGCAUGUCACUCACACAGAUCCCCCUGACAAUCAUCGUCGCAGCCACAACGAAGAAUGGCAUCGGAAGAGCAGGCGGAUUACCAUGGCCAAUGCUGAAGAAAGACAUGGCCUAUUUCGCCCGCGUCACAAAGCGUGUACCUGUGCCCAAAGACACUGGCUCGCUGCAGUCUGAUAAGCUGAAGGAAACCAUGCUGUCAGGCACGCGACAGAACUUGGUCAUCAUGGGCCGCAAGACUUGGGAAAGCAUUCCGCCCAAAUUUCGACCACUAAAAGACCGGACGCACAUCGUGAUCAGUUCACAGGACCGAGCUUCACUGCAACCUAUACCGGACGAUGUAGUCGUUGCCUCAGAUAUUCUUUCUGGUCUGCAAACACUGGAAGAAUCGAUCAAGGCUGGCAAGUCGCUGCCAGUCGGCCGUGCGUUCGUAAUUGGCGGCAGCAGCAUCUACAAAGCAGCUUUAGAACUUCCACAACUGCAGCGGAUUCUCCUGACUCGCAUCGAGAAGGACUACGACUGUGACACAUUCUUUCCCAUAGGCCUUGGCAAAGGCCAGGAAUCCUCCGGCGAAUGGCGCUGUGCAACGCACGAAGAAUUGCGAAACUUCGUGCAGGAGGAGAUCGAAGAGAAUCCUGUUCAGCAAGAGUCUGGCGAGGAUUUGGUCUCGCUGCAUUUUCAGCUUUUCGAGCGUACCGCGUGA